AUGUCUUGCCGCUCCUACAGAGUCAGCUCUGGUCGCUGUGUGGGCAACUUCAGCUCUUGCUCAGCAGUGACCCCUCAGAACCUGAACCGCUUCCGGGUCAGCUCUGUCUCCUGCAGGAGUGGGCCCAGCUUCCGGGGUCUUAGCAGCUUUGGCAGUCGGAGCGUCAUCAGCUUUGGAUCGUGCUCACCCCGGAUAGCAGCUGUGUGCCCUCGACCCACCUACUAUGGAGUUGGCUUCGGUGAUGGGAGUGGUGCUGGUCUAGGGUUUGGGGCUGGCAGUUGUGUUGGCCUGGGGUUUAGAGCCAGAAGUGGUCUCGGCUAUGGCUUCUGCAGCCCUGGCUUUGGCUACCGAGUUGGAGGAAUUGGAGGACCAGCAGCCCCAUCCAUCACAGCAGUGACUGUUAACCAGAGCCUGCUGACCCCGCUCAACCUGGAGAUUGAUCCCAAUGCCCAGAGAGUGAAGAGGGAUGAAAAAGAGCAAAUCAAGACCCUCAACAACAAAUUUGCCUCCUUCAUCGACAAGGUGCGGUUCCUAGAACAGCAGAAUAAGCUCCUAGAGACGAAGUGGAACUUCCUCCAAGAGCAGAAAUGUGCCAAGAGCAACCUGGAGCCCCUCUUCGAGAACUACGUCACCAACCUACGCAGGCAGCUGGAUGUGGUGAACAGUGAUCGGGCCCGGUUGGAGGCUGAGAGGAACAACAUGCAGGAUGUCCUUGAGGGUUUCAAGAAGAAGUAUGAAGAGGAAGUGGGUCUCCGGGCCAGUGCUGAGAAUGAGUUCGUGGCUCUGAAGAAGGAUGUGGAUACAGCGUUCUUAAGCAAGGCCGAUCUAGAGGCCAAUGUGGACGCCCUAACUCAGGAAAUCGACUUCCUGAAAACGCUGUACACGGCGGAAAUCCAGUUACUACAGUCACACAUCUCAGAGACAUCAGUCAUUGUGAAGAUGGACAACAGCCGGGACCUGAAUGUUGAUGGGAUCAUCGCUGAUAUCAAAGCCCAGUAUGAAGAAAUCGCCAGACGCAGUCGGGCUGAUGCGGAGGCCUGGUACCAGACCAAGUAUGAGGAGAUGCGAGUGACAGCUGGCCAGCACUGUGACAACCUGCGCAACACUCGGGAUGAGAUCAAUGAGCUGAACCGGCUGAUCCAGAGGCUGAAGGCAGAAAUCGAGCAUGCCAAGGCUCAGCGCUGCAAGCUGGAGGCCGCCGUGGCUGAGGCUGAGCAGCAGGGAGAAGCUGCCCUCAGUGAUGCCAAAUGCAAGCUGGCGGAGCUGGAGGGUGCGCUGCAGCAAGCCAAGCAGGACAUGGCGCGGCAGCUGAAGGACUACCAGGAGCUCAUGAAUGUCAAGCUGGCCCUGGACAUCGAGAUCGCUACCUACAGGCGCCUGCUCGAAGGCGAGGAGAUCCGGAUCUGUGAAGGUGUUGGACCAGUAGACAUAGCGGUGAGUAGCUCCCGGGGUGGCCUGGUGUGUGGGCCCGAGUCCCUGUUCAGCAGCUCCAGCCUCUGCCGCGGCGGGGUCACCAUCUCUGGAAGCAGCAGCAGCAGCAACAUCCGGUCCAGCGGCUUCUGCAGCUCCAGCGGGGGCGGGGCCCGGGUCGUGGGCGGCGGGGACCUGCUGGGCGUCGGCUGCCGAGGGGGCUCGGUCCUGGUGGGCGAAGCCUGCGCUCCCAGCGUCCCCUGCCCGCUGCCCACCGAGGGCGGCUUCAGCAGCUGCAGCGGCGGCCGCAGCUCCACCGUCCGCUUCGUGUCCACCACCACCUCCCACCGGACCAAGUGCUGA